AUGCAACAGCUACUUGAUUACGCCGCGAUCCUUGCCUUUGUGGUGGUUUAUUUUAUCACCCGGGACAUUUUCCUGGCCACCGCGGUGCUGAUGGGUGGCGUCACCCUGCAGGUUGUGGGCUAUCUGCUGAUGAAAAAACCCAUUGGCAAUGAGCUGAAAGUGACCUUUGUAGCCAGCAUGUUGCUCGGUGGGAUGACACUGAUUCUACGCGACGAAACCUUUAUUCAAUGGAAACCCAGCAUCGUCAACGCCAUUCUGGCGCUGACACUGGUGGGUGGCCACCUGAUCGGCAAGACCUUUUUCAUCAAGAAAAUGCUCGGCCAGGUCCUCCAUCUGCCUGACAGUGCCUGGUUUACCCUGACUUACGGCUGGGCAUUGGGCUUCACCCUCGCCGGUGCGCUGAAUUUGUGGGUGGCUUAUAACUUCGACAUGGAUACCUGGGUGACUUUUCGCUUCGCUGGACUGCUGAUGAUCAACAUCAGCAUGUUGAUCGCCACCUUCACCUAUCUGUACGCUAAAGGUCUGCUUAAUGAAGACAAUCUGCCGGCCCGUACCGUCUAUAUCUCUGAUGAACUGACCGUGCCGUUACGCAGCGGACCAUCAAGCGGACACCGGAUCCUGCACCGCGGUUUACCCAGCGGCACCCAGAUGGAAGUACUGGAAGUUGAUGAAGGCGCCGGCUUCAGCCGCAUCAGAACCAGCCGCGGCACCGAAGGUUGGAUCCGCAGCCAGUAUCUGGUCAGCGAACCCAUCGCAAAACUGAAACUGGCCGCGGCACAACGCGCCAUGAACAAUGCCCAGGCCGCUCUGGCAGCUGAACAGGCUAAAGUAAAAGAAUUGACCGCCAGCAACCGUGAACGCGGCAGCACCAAUUCAGCCUACGAAAAGCGCAUCGCUGAGCUGGAAACCGAGUUAGCUGAAAUCACACGCAUCUCCGCUGGCGCGAUAGAAACCAACGCAGAAAACAUCAAACUGCAGGAAGUGAACGCCCGUCUGCAGGAUGAACUGGAUGACAUCGCCCAGAGCCGCGCUCAGCUGGAGGACAAUACCUUUAACGAAGCCCUGAUGAUUGGCGGAGGCCUGUUGUUUCUCGGCCUGAUCGCCGGGGUUCUGAUCAAAGCCCGGCCACACCGCAGCGCAAGGCCCAGUGUGGUUGAAGCCGCAAGAGUAGCCCUGGCAGCGGGUGCAAAAGGCAUUACGGUGCAUCCCCGACCUGACCAGCGACACAUACGCACCACUGACGUGUAUGCCCUGGCUGAGCUGCUGGCCAGCGAAUAUCCGGGCAUUGAAUUCAAUAUUGAAGGCAACCCCAUGGCGAAUGCCAAUGCGGGCGGUUAUCCUGGCCUGGAUGCACUGAUAGAGAGGACCAGACCCGCGCAGGCGACUCUGGUGCCCGACAGCGACAACCAGCUCACUUCGGACCACGGCUGGAACCUGACCACAUUCAACAGCAAAUUGGCGGACAAAAUCGCGCUGUACCAGUCUUAUGGUGCGCGUGUCAGCCUGUUUAUGGAUCCCGAUAUCCCGCAGAUUCAGCAGGCCCAGGCACAUGGUGCGCAGCGUAUUGAGCUGUAUACGGGUCCAUUUGCUGACCUGUACAGCGAACACGGCGCAGACAGUGAGGCGGUACAGAACAGCUUUCAGAGUUAUCUCGGCGCCGCCCGCUAUGCCAAUCAGAUUGGCCUCGGCGUCAACGCAGGCCAUGAUCUGGACUUACACAAUCUGACGCUGUUCAAACAGAUUACCGAAGUAGCAGAAGUGUCAAUUGGCCACGCUUUAAUUUGUGAUGCGCUUGAAAUGGGGCUGUCCGCCAGUGUAACGGCCUAUGUCAAAGCACUCGCCUAA